AUGCCCUGCGUCCGCACGGUCCUCGGCCUCCUGGCGGCCUGUGGCGCCAUCGCCUUCCUUGGCUACUGCAUCUACUUCGACCGGAGUCGGCGUGGCGACCCCGCGUUCAAGCGCCGCCUGCGGGAGAAAAGAAGAGCCCAGCAGCGAAAGGCUGAGGGACGGGGCGCCCAGUUGUGGGAUCCAGCAAAAAAUGAAAAAUUACAAGAAUUUUUUCUGCAAGAGGUACGAAUGGGAGAACUUUGCUUAUCCAGAGGAGAGGAUCGAAUGGGGGUUGAACAUCUCAGCAAUGCCCUUUUGGUGUGUGGGCAACCACAGGAACUUCUGAAAGUUUUCAAACACACACUUCCUCCCAAGGUAUUUGAGAUGCUAUUGCACAAAAUUCCCCUUAUUUGCCAGCAAUUUGAGGCAGACAUGAAUGAACAGGAAUACUUGGAGGAUGAUCGUGAUUGA